AUGAGUUUGAAAUUAAGAAGUGAUUAUAUUUACAUUGGGAGUUAUUUAAACCUAUUAUUGGUCAUAUUUUUAACAUGGUUCAAGCCUUUACCUGUAGUUGUACAAAUGGUUAUGUAUACAUUCCCUACUAUAUAUAUUGGAUCUUAUUUAUCUCUAAAUCAGAUUUUAGUCAAUCCUAUUACAGGUGAAAGAGAACAGAGAGCUGAAUUUUUAACUCGUAAAGAUGCUGUCUUGUUUCCAUUAAUAGGAUCUGGAGCUUUACUCUCAUUAUAUUUAGCUUACAAAUAUUUACCAGAAUAUUGGGUGAAUUUGUUAUUAACAUUAUAUUUAGCUAUAAUAGGUAUAUUUACAUUGUCUGAAACUGUUUUACAAUUCUCUUCUCUCAUCACAGAUACAAAGAGUGGAGUAAUAAUAGAAAAAUAUUGCAAUUUUUUUGGAUUAUAUAAAAAUUCUCAGAAUGAACGUGGGUAUCAAAUAAAGAUAACAAUUCAUGAGUUAUGGAGUUUUACAAUUAGUUUAAUUUUAGGGAUUACUUGGUUAUUAACUGAUUCUUGGAUUAUUCAUAAUAUUUUGGCAAUUUCAUUUUGUAUACAGGCAAUAUCUCUUAUUUCCCUUGGAGAUUUUAAAAUUGGUAUAAUUUUGUUAAGUGGAUUAUUUGUAUAUGAUAUAUUUUGGGUUUUUGGAACAAAUGUUAUGAUUACUGUUGCUAAAUCCUUUCAAGGACCUGCUAAAAUCAUUUUUCCUAUAUCUUAUGAUCCAUGGAAACAGAGUAUUUUAGGACUUGGAGAUAUUGUAAUACCUGGUUUAUUUAUUGCUUUAUGUUUGAGAUUUGACUUGAAAGAUAUUGUAAGUAAACAUAUUCAAAUUAAAGAGAUUAUUUUGAACAACUAUCCUACUAAAACAUUUAUUUCAGUCUUAAUAGCUUAUCAACUUGGCCUUUUAAUUACAGCAUGUGUAAUGUUUUACUUUAAGGCAGCUCAACCUGCGCUACUAUAUUUGGUACCAUUCUGCAUACUAUCAUUUUUUGCAUCUUUAUAUCAUAGAAAUCAGUUUAUAGAUGCAUGGAAUUAUUGUGAAGGAACUGAAUAUUUGAAUAAAUAA